UACCCUGUUACCUUGUUACCCUGUUACCCUGUUACCCAGUUACUUUUUACCCUGUUACCCUGUUACCCUGUUAAAAUGUUACCCUGUUACCUUGUUACCCUGUUACCCUGUUACCCUAUUACCUUGUUACCUUGUUACCCUCUUAACCUGUUACCCUGUUAUCUUGUUACUCUGUUACCUUGUUACCUUGUUACCCUGUUAACCUGUUACCCUGCUACCUUGUUACCCUAUUACUCUGUUACCCUUUUACCCUGUUACCUUGUUACCUUGUUACCUUGUUACACUGUUACCCUGUUACCCUGUUAACCUGUUUCCUUGUUACGCCGUUACCUUGUUACCCGGUUACCUUGUUAUCCUUUUACCCUGUUACCCUGUUACUAUGUUACCUCGUUACCCUGUUACCUUGUUACCCUCUUACCCUGUUAUCUUAUUAACCUGUUACUCAGUUACCUUGUUACCCUGUUUCUUUGUUAACCUGUUACCCUGUUACCCUUUUACCCUGUGACCCUGUUAUCUUGUUAACUUGUUACCCUGUUACCUUGUUACCCUGUUACCCUGUUACCCCGUUACCCAGUUACCUUGUUACCCUGUUACCCUGUUACCUUGUUACCCUGUUACCCUGUUACCUUGUUACCCCGUUACCCUGUUAAAAUGUUACCCUGUUACCCUGUUAAAUUGUUACCUUGUUACCCGGUUACACUGUUUCCCUGUUACCCUGUUACCUUGUUACCCUGUUACCCUGUUACCCUGUUACCCAGUUACCUUGUUACCCUGUUACCCUGUUACCUUGUUACCCCGUUACCCUGUUAAAAUGUUACCCUGUUACCUUGUUACCCUGUUACCUUGUCACCUUGUUACCCUGUUGACCUGUUACCCUGUUAUCUUGUUACUCUGUUACCUUGUUACUCUGUUACCUUGUUACCUUGUUACCCUGUUAACCUGUUACCCUGCUACCUUGUUACCCUGUUACUCUGUUACCCUGUUACCUUGUUACACUGUUACACUGUUACCCUGUUAACCUGUUACCUUGUUACGCCGUUACCUUGUUACCCGGUUACCUUGUUAUCCUUUUACCCUAUUACCCUGUUACUAUGUUACCCGGUUACCCUGUUACCUUGUUACCCUCUUACCCUGUUCCUUUGUUAACCUGUUACCCUGUUACCCUUUUACCCUGUUAUCCUGUUACCUUGUUACCUUGUUACCCUGUUACCCUUUUACCCUGUGACCCUGUUACCUUGUUAACUUGUUAUUUACCCUGUUACCCUUUUGCCCUGAUACCUUGAUAAAUUGUUGCCCGGUUACCUUGUUACCCUGUUAGCCUGUUACCUUGUUACCCUGGUAUCCUGUUACCCUGUUACCUAGUUACCUUGUUACCCUGUUACCCGGUUACCCUGUUAGCUUGUUACCCUGUUACCCUAUUACCUUGUUACCCUGUUACCUUGUUAACUUGUUACCCUGGUCUCCUGUUACCCUGUUACCUUGUUACCUUGUUACCCUGUUACCCGGUUACCCUGUUACCUUGUUACACUGUUACCCUGUUACCCUGUUACCCUGUUACCCUGUUACCCUGUUAG